AUGUCCUCUAUAUCUAACCUGACUAGUAAUGUCCUCUAGUAUAUAACUCUACAUCUCUUUUCAGGUGCCAGUUUUGUGGACGUCCAUAAGUAUCAACUCAUUCAGAAGGUUACCAAGGUGAAGCCCAUCAUGUAUGAGCUGUUCUAUAAGAAGUACUGUAACAUCAGUAUCAAAGAGAUGACCAGCCAGGACCAGAUGAGACUGUUGUACGAGGCUCUAGAAGAAGCAGAAGACCCAAGAAGGGUGAAGUCAGACUUUUACAGGAUUCUAAUGGAUCUGGAAUCUGAACUUGUCAUCAACCUGGGUGCCAUAUUUGUGGACAUCCAUAAGGAUCAACUCAUUCGGAGGGUUACCAAGGUGAUGCCCAUCCUUCAUGAGCUGUUCUAUGAGAAGUUGUACCGUGACAUCAGUAUCAAAGAUAUGACCAGCCAGGACCAGAUGGAACAGUUGUACCAGGCCCUAGAAGAAGCAGAAGACUCAAGAAGUGCGAAAUUAGACUUUUACAGGAUUCUACUGGAUCUGGAACCUGACCUUGUCAUUGACCUGGGUGCCAGUUUUGUGGACGUCCAUAAGGAUCAACUCAUUCGGAGGGUUACCAAGGUGAUGCCCAUCCUUCAUGAGCUGUUCUAUGAGAAGUUGUACCGUGACAUCAGUAUCAAAGAGAUGACCAGACAGGACCAGAUGGAACAGUUGUACCAGGCCCUAGAAGAAGCAGAAGACUCAAGAAGUGCGAAAUUAGACUUUUACAGGAUUCUACUGGAUCUGGAACCUGACCUCGUCAUCGACCUGGGGGAAGCUAAAGAGACCAACCAAUCCCUCUCCACCUCUCCAGGAGGUCAACAGGAAACACAGACUCCUUCCCAAAGGAGGAAGUCUGUUCCUGAGAUGGAGAUUAAGUCUUUACCUGGUCCAGGGAGAAAGUCUGUUCCUGGUUCAGUGGGGAAGUCUGUUCCUGGUUCAGGGGGGAAGUCUGUUCCUGGUUCAGGGGGGAAGUCUGUUCCUGAGAUGGAGAUGGAGACUUUACUGGGUCCUGGACUACAGAAUGAUCUGGAUGAGAUGGAGAGGGGAGGAAGAGUUACUACAGACUAUAACUCUAUGCUAUAGGGUUACUAUAGAGAGACUAUAACUAUAGAGCUGAGUUACUAUAGAGAGACUAUA